CAUCGUGUGUUGGAGUGUAGAAAGUGUAACGGAAAUCGCAACACCACGCGGUAGUGCUUACCAAUUCGGCGUUAACAACAUAUCACGACAUUACGGAUUACCUUAGCAAUUCAGCCACUCGUCCUACUCGAACCCCGCGAAGUAUGGAAUACCAAGCAUGACAAUCAUAGCGUCUUCGUCAAAGCAUACAUAACCCCAUCUUGAUCCCCUCAAACGUGGAGUCUUGACACAAAAUCCUCGCAUCAACCUUCUCUCCCGUCCUUCCCUUACCCACUACAUCAAUCAAUCUACCAUAUCAAACCCAUACCAACCAUCUCUAGUACCUACCAUUAAAAACAACCCCAACACAACAGUUUAUCAUGGCACCAAUCCGCCUCGCCCUAGUCGGUCUCUCCUCCUCCUCCUCCUCCUGGCUCUCCCUCGCCCACCUUCCAUACCUCUUAUCCUCUCGUGGCCAACAGAAAUUCCAAAUCGUCGCGCUCGUCAACUCCUCCCUCUCCUCCGCCGAAGCCGCCAUCAAGAACUACAACUUCGACCCCACCAUCGUCAAAGCUUAUGGUAGUCCCGAGGAGCUAGCCAAAGCUGAGGACGUCGAUCUGGUAGUCGUGGGAACGAGGGUUGAUGUUCACUACAGUAACAUCAAGCCGUUGCUGGAGGGGUGGAAGGCUACUUCUAAUGGAAAGGCUGCCGGAAAAGAGAGGGAGAGGGGGGUAUACUCCGAGUGGCCACUUGCUAGUAACUUGGCCCAAGUAGAGGAGUUGAUUGCCCUGGCAAAGGAGACGGGGGUGAAGAAGACGGUGGUGGGCACGCAGGGGUGGGCUAGUCCGGUUGUGCAAAAAGUAGUAGGGGAGUUGUUGAGGGGGGGAAGGAUUGGGAAGGUGUUGAGUUCGGAGUUGAGGCUGAGUGGGUUGACGGCGGAGAGGGAGGCGGUACAGGAGAAGACGGAGUAUUUCACUAAGAGGGAGGUGGGUGGGGGUUUUUGGAGUAUUGGGGGUGGGCAUUUGAUUGAUUUGUUGCAAAGUGCUCUCGGAGAGCUCUCCCCAACCAGCAUAAAAUCCCACUUCCACAUCCAACGCCCCCUCGUUCCCCUGAAGGACUCUACCGGUGCCAUCAUCCGCACCGUCACAUCCAACGUUCCCGACCUCGUCUACGUCACCAGCUCGCUUCCCUCUUCCGACACCGUCCAGCAGAACGCAGCCUUGCAUCUUCGCAUGCGCCGCGGCCCGCCCUUCCCCGGCGAACCAGCCUUCGUGUGGUCGAUUACAGGCGAAAAGGGAGAGAUAAGGGUGACCAGCCCGGAAUCGGUAGCGAUCAUUUUGGGUGCGGGGGAGGUGAAGGUGGAGGUGCAUUAUUACCAGACUGACGAGGUGGAGGAGGUGGAGUGGAAGUGGGAGGGGUGGCAGGAGGAACUGCCGGCGCCGGCGAGGAAUGUGGGGAGUGUUUAUGAGGGGGUUUGGGAGGCUUGGACACAUGGAGAGGGUAAGGAGGGAGGGGAGAAGAGGUAUAAUGAUUGGGAGGUGGCGGGACGGAGGCAUGAGCAGGUUGAGAGGCUGUUGGGUGAUAAUGGGUUUUGAGGUGUUAUGAGGGAUGAAGAUUUGGGAUUGACAAGGCUGGAUUAGAGUUCCAAGGGAAGUUUGAACAAUCUGAUGGCGUUUUCUCUGGCGACCAUCUCCUUCUCUUUGUCGGGGAGAUCGACUCCUUUCCACCAGGUUUGCGCUUCCUCGAUGGUAUCGUAGGGGUAGUCUUUUCACAGUCAAAGUCAGUUCCCUAUCUAACGAGGAUUGGCAGAUAGCUCGCCUAUAGAGAACAAGCACCUCUUCACCCCAAUCUGAUCGAUGCAGAACUUGAGUCCAGGAGUCGAAAAGAACCCUGACGUCGUA